CGUUAUCACCAUCCUUCAGCAACGACAUGGCUUUCUUGUCUCUCUUCUUCCUUCUUCCCCUCCCUUCCCUCCUUCUCUUCCUCCUGCUGCGAUCCCGGAGACAACUGGUCUCCGGAUGUACCAACCUCCCCCCCUCACCUCCAAGGCUUCCUCUCAUCGGCAACCUCCACCAGCUCGGUCCCCUCCUCCACCAGUCCCUUGCCGCCCUCUCCCGCCUCCACGGCCCCCUCAUGCUCCUGCACCUUGGCCACGUCCCCACCCUCGUCGUAUCCUCCCCCGACGCCGCUUGCGACGUCCUCCGCCACCAAGACCUCGUAUGCGCCGGACGUCCCGCCAUCACGCCGGCCAAGAUCCUCCUUGAUGGAGACAUAGCCUUCGCCCCCUAUGGUGAUUACUGGCGGCAGCUCCGCAAGAUCUGUAGCGUCCACUUGCUCAGCUCCAAGCGGGUGCAGUCCUACCGCCGUGCAAGGGAGGAGGAGGUGGCAGCCAUGGCGGCAGCCAUAGCGGUGAGGGCCUCGACCACUAUAAAUCUAUCCGAAAUCAUAUAUUCCUUCACCAACGACGUGAUCUGCCGAGUGGUUUCUGGAAAAUUCAAGAUAGCGGAAGGGCGGAGCCGAGUUUUCGCAGAGUUGAUCAACGAGAACUCAGAGCUGCUGUUGGCAGUGCACCUCGGGGACUACUUCCGGUGGCUGGGGUGGGUGGAUGGGUUGCUGGGUUACGUGACGAGGGCGAGGAAGCUCAGGAAGAGGUGGGAGGAGCUGCUGGAUCAGGUGAUCAAGGAGCAUGUGGAUCGAGCGUCGCCAAAUAUAGACGGUCACGAUGAGAAGGAGGAGGAGAAGGACUUCGUGGACGUUUUGAUGUCGCUGCAGGACAAGAACGAGUUUGUCCUCGACCCAGCAAACCUCAAGUCUCUUCUUAUAGAUGUUUUCGGAGGUGGAACAGACACAAAUUACAUUACUUUAGAAUGGGCCAUGGUCGAGCUCGUUCGCAAUCCUCUCGCCAUGCAGAAAUUGCAAGAGGAGGUGAGAAGGAUAGCGAGCAGAAAAAGCCUUGUCAAAGAGGAAGACCUCCACCAAAUGACCUACUUGCUGGCCGUCAUCAAGGAGGUCCUGCGGCUGCACCCCCCAGCUCCAUUACUGGUGCCGCGAGAAACGUUGAAUGACUGCAUGAUUCAAGGUUACAGCAUACCCAAGAAGACAAGAAUCUUAGUGAAUGUGUGGGCAAUUGGUAGAGAUCCAGAGCAGUGGGACGCGCCUGAGGAGUUCAGGCCGGAGAGGUUCUUGGACGGCACGGUGGACUUCAACGGAACUGAUUUCCGGUACAUGCCCUUCGGAUCGGGACGAAGAGUUUGCCCGGGACUGCAAUUCGCCAUUGCUUCGUUGGAGCUUGCACUGGCGAACCUGGUGCAUCAGUUUGAUUGGGAGCUGCCUGAUGGGAUGGAGAAGGAGGAGUUCCACACGAGGGAAGCUCCUGGAAUAGUAGUGCAACGAGAAGGGCAACUUCAUCUCGUUGCCAAAACAUGGAGUGACUGCUCAGAGGAGUAGCUAUGCACCAGAUAGAUAAAUAAAGAUGUCUGAAAAUGAUGAUUCUUUUGCUAUUUUCAGACUUGUGGGCAAAUUACAACAAUCUAUGUAACGUAGUUCUCCAAAGCAAUUAAUAAUAAUGGAUUUCAUGUAACUUUUCAUGUAGCUAUAGCUAAAAGCUAAAGGAAAACAUGUUGUUCGAGGAUUGCCUUUGUUGAUUUGA